AUGAAGCGCCUUGUAGACUGGGGCCGUCAGGCUAAUAGCAUCGUCGAGCAGUUAGAAGAUGAGGUCAUCGACCAGAUUGAAGAGCGUGCAGACGAGGCUCCUUCAAUGACGCCGUCAUUGCUUGCUCAGGGUGACCCAGACACCAGACACCAGAAACCAGAAGAAGAUAAUCUUCCUGAAGAUGAAGAAGAUGAAGACGACUUUGAUGACGCGAAGAGUGAUCAGUCACAUCAGUCAACGCAGUCUAACCGUUCACAGUUGGCGAAAGUAAAGGCAGAGUUGGCGAUGCUGAAGGUCAAACAAGAGAAGCAGAGGUACGUCGAACAGCUGCGCAUCCAGGAAGCUCAACAGAAGUUGGCCUUGGCGAAGGCCGAGGAUGAGGCUGAGAGCGCGAAGUUAGAGGCUCAGCUGCUGGCCGAGUUGGAUGGCGGAGAUUAUGCUCAAACGAAAGCAGAAUGUUUAAGGAUAAAGCUAUUAGAGAGAAGGAAGGGAACAGUGCAGGUGUCAACAUCAGGGCAAGGGUCGGCAUCAGGUCAAGUGUCAGCAUCCGGAGAAAAUAAUACAGAUUCUAAUGGUGAUAAUGGUCAGACUCCGAACAAACGAAAGGAACCAAGUUCUGAAAUUAAGAAGAAGAGGCAGACGAAGAAGGUCGCAAGUGUCGCCAACCUGGAUUCUAAUGGUGAUAAUGGUCAGACUCCGAACAAACGAAAGGAACCAAGUUCUGAAAUUAAGAAGAAGAGGCAGACGAAGAAGGUAGCAAGUGUCGCCAACCAGGCCACCAACUCCUCACUCCCUAUUGCGAAGAAUGGUGAUGCAGGCCCUACAAGCAUGACAAGUGCACAUCCCCAGCCCACUGAGAGUGGAAUGGAAAGAGAAGUCAAUUCCAUUCUUGACCGGGAGAGACAGAGCUCAGCAACUACUGACAAGCCCCAGCAAUUUGAGGACUGUGAACUCAUUUGUAAUAAUGAAUUGGCAGCAUUGAGGAAAAAGGCUGAAAAAGGGCGGGAACUCCAGGAGGAGGUGUUAGCACUGACCGGCCAACGAAAUCAGCUUGCCUUAAGAGUGCUGAAUCUUGAGAAGGAAAAGGAUGGUUUGCAGGCAGAGCUGAGUGCUGCAAAGGAAAAGAUAAAGGCAGCAGAGGAGUCGGCUGCAAAGGCAGCAGAGGAGCUGGCUGCAAGUGCUAGCAACUCUAGUCAAAUUGGUUCAUCCAAUGCAACGAAUAUGACACCAUCCGACAUGCCAAAGGCUGGUGUAGUAAAUCCAGAGGUUGCCAAGCAGUUCAAGAUGAAGGAACUGGUGAAAGGGAGUGGGGUGUAUGUUUACUCGCAACAGAAAUAUAUUAUAAAGUCGGCUACAGACCUUACCUAUUGCCUCUCUGCAGCCAUGGGAACCUUUUAUGAUAAGGAAGACCUGGGGAAUUACAAUUUAUCGGGGGCUAAUGGGAAGAAGAAAUUGGAUAACAGAAUUAUUUCUGCUAUUGCUGAUACAGCCCAUCAUCUGUUCCCAGAGGCGAAGGGAAAAGAUGGAAAGCCCUUGACAGCUGCACAAAUUCGAAGCAGGUUGGUACAGAGGUGUCAUGACACCAAGAAGGAUAAGAGAAGAGAGGGUAAAAAGCCAACAACAAGAAAAAUUAUCAAAACCAAGGAAUAUGUCAUCGAGAGCGAGAGCGAUGACAGCAUUGACAACAGGCACGACGAAGCAGGGAGUGAUGACGUGUCUGAGGUAAUGACCAACUGCCCUGAUCUGCGAGACCCCGGUUUCUCAUGGAUCAUCAACGAUGCCAUCAGACUUGGUCUAACAGAGAUCACACGUGUUCUGCUCGAGAAUGGUGUCCUAGCAAACAGCACGAGCAAGAACUUAUGUAAACCAUCCCCCCUCAUGAAUGCUUGUAAAUUAUAGAAAAGUAUAAAAAUCUCAGGAUACAAUGCCAAUAUCUUGCUGCUGACUUGAUAAUCAAAUUGUUGCCAUAAUUUAUAUACAAGAAGCCUAUUUUCUCAUCAUCUUGUGAUUUGCUACUGCUGCCCUUUAACUACUAGUAUGUUUUCAUGU